AUGGCGGAAUAUGAAAAUCAUCUCCUUCGACUAGGAUUAUCGUCAAAUAUAAAGUUAAAAACAAAACAAGUUGAAGUUUUGAAAUUACUUGAAACGAAAAACCUAGAGAUUCUUGCAAUUUUGCCAACAGGCUACGGCAAGAGUCUAAUUUAUCAAUUAGCACCGUUGAUCCUGGAUGGCACUGUGGUUGUGUUCUCUCCACUCAGUGUCAUUCAGGAAGAACAAAUCCAGAAAUUAAGAACAUCAGGAUUAAAGUGUUGCAUUCUUAAUACCAGGAGUAGACUAAUGUUGCCAUCCUAUCAACAGGGAAGGAUUUUAACUGCAGAUACCGAUGAAGAUGUAAAAGAUCUGAAAUGUGACAUUGAUAUUGCAGAAGUAUCCAACUGCAGUUUGAUUUUUGCUCAUCCAGAAGCAUUCUUCUGCACAUCAGAAGGCAAAGAUCUCUUGGAUUCUUUUAGUUUUACUUCUUCAGUACAGGCAAUUGUAAUUGAUGAAUGUCAUAAAGUUGUUGAUUGGGGGAAGUCCUUUCGGAAGGCUUUCCAACACAUGAGGGAGCUUCCUGGAUUUUUUCCAGGAGUACCUAGAUUAGGGUUAAGUGCAACCAUCACUACCAAGGACGAGGCAGAUGUCAUUGCAUCACUUGGGAUGACUAAUCCAGCAGUAGUAAGAGCAAGUCCAGACAGAGAGAACAUUUAUCUACAGAUUAAAGUUAAAGAGCCAUCACUUGACAUUUAUGAUUGUUACGAAAAUUUAUACAAACCAAUUUGUAAUGAUUUGUUAAAAAACCCUGAUAUUUUCCCAGUUACCCUUUUUUUCAUGCCUCUACAGUACAUUGGUAAUGCAGCUACUUACUGUAAUUUCAUAUUUGAAAGACCAACCUUAGAUACUUGUCUAUAUGGUAGUUUAUGUAGUGGGCAAGAUGAUGAGGUUAAAAAUCAUGUUAUUAAAGAAUUAUCAUGUGAGAAGCCCAAAAUAAAGCUGGUGUUUUGCACUUCAGUUGUAGGAAUGGGCUUUAAUUCACCCUCCAUUGAGAGAGUCAUACAUGCUCGUCCUCCAAGGUCACUUUCAGACUAUAUACAGGAGAUAGGUCGUGCUGGUAGAACUGGAAAAGAUUCAACAGCACUUUUACAUUACUGUAAUAGGGAUGUUGCUGCUAAUGUAAAAGAUAUUAAAGAUGACAUAAUUGGUUUUUGA